CCGGCCCUAUUUAUGAGCGGCCUUAUGCCAACCAGCGACGCUACUCUCUUCUACCAGGGAAAUACUGAGAGCCAGCUGAAUGACCGACAGCUCAUUGUCCCAUCGGGAGGAACGCUUGGUGGAGGGUCGUCGAUCAAUCUUAUGAUGUAUUCUCGAGCGCAGCGUGUUGACUUUGACUCGUGGAAGACUCCUGGCUGGGCCACGGAGGAGAUGAUACCUUAUUUAAAGAGACUCGAGACAUAUCAUGGCCCAGACCCACAUGCCAUCCACGGAUCAAACGGACCGAUCAACGUAUCUGGCGGCACAUAUCGUGCAACUCGAUCAGAGCAAGACUUUAUCGACGCUGCAGCUAAAAUCGGCUACCCCGAGAUCAAAGACCUAGCGGCUUUGGAUUUCAACAACGGCGUUCAGCGCGCACUGCGCUAUAUAUCUCCGGAAGGAAAGCGCCAGGACGUAGCGACGACAUACCUACAUCCAAAACUGCAGAGUGGCAAGUAUCCGAACUUGCAUGUUGUUGUGGAAAGUCAGGUCAAGCGGGUGCUUUUUGAGGGGAAGAAGGCGACCGGUGUUGAGUUUAGACCGAACUCAAAGAUUCAUCCAGGCGGUACUGCACGCGUGGUAAAGGCCAAGAAAAUGGUAGUCGUCUCCUGUGGAGCUCUGGGUUCGCCGUCAGUCUUGGAAAGAUCUGGCGUCGGCAGUCCCGAGAUCCUAAAGAAGGCCAAGAUAGAUAUAGUCACCGACCUUCCAGGCGUAGGUGCCAACUACCAAGAUCACCACCUACUUGUCUACCCAUACCUGUCCAGCCUGGACGAGCACGAAACGGUCGAUGCACUGGUUGGCGGUCGCCUAGAUCCGACCAAACUGAUCAAAGACAACGCGCCCAUUCUCGGCUGGAAUGCAAUGGACACCACAUGCAAGCUGCGACCCACUGAGUCCGACGUUGCGCAGUUAGGUCCAGACUUUGAACGCGUGUGGAACUCAGAGUUCAAAACCCAGCCAAACAAGCCGCUUGCGCUGGGCUCUCUUAUUAACGGAUUUCCGGGCGACCCUUCUCUCGUCCCAGCAGGUCAGUACCUCGCCAUGUCCGUCUUCACCGGCUAUCCAUACAGCCGGGGAUCGAUCCACGUCACCGGGCCCGAGAUCGACGACAAGCUGGACUUCAACACGGGCUUCUUCUCAGACCCACUUGGUGUGGAUGUGAAGAAACACGUGUGGAUUUACAAAAAGCAGCGCGAGAUCUUCAGGCGCAUGAAGACGUGUCGUGGUGAGCUACCGGGCGGGCAUCCGACUUUUCCGCCUGGGUCCAGUGCGGUAUAUAUUCCGCCGAGCAAUGAAUCAAAAGAGGAUAUCCAGGAUAUCGUGUACUCGGCAGAAGAUGAUAGGAUCAUUGAAGAAUGGGCGCGUGGACAUGUGGAGACGACGUGGCAUUCCAUGGGGACGUGCAAGAUGGCGCCGCGGGAGGAGGGCGGCGUUGUAGAUGAGCGAUUGAAUGUGUAUGGAUUGGAGGGGCUCAAGGUAGUUGAUCUGAGCAUUCCGCCUCUGAAUGUUGCUGCGAAUACGAUGAAUACAGCGGUGGCUAUUGCGGAGAAGGCUGUGGAUAUGAUUAUUGAAGACUUGGGUUUAAGAGCUGCAUAGGCGAGUCGUGUUUCGCUAGAGGGCCUUGAGGUUAUCUUUUUGCGCAGCUCCAGGACUCGUUCAAUGAACCCCUGUAGGUUUAAUCAAUUCACGUAUUUUCCGCCA